AUAUAGUGAAUGCAGGGUCCGGGGAGACCGAUAUAGUGAAUGCAGGGUCCUGGGAGACCGGAUAUAGUGAAUGCGGGGUCCAGGGAGACCAGAUACAGUGAAUGCAGGGUCCGGGGGAGACCAGAUAUAGUGAAUGCAGGGUCCGGGGAGACCAGAUAUAGUGAAUGCAGGGUCCGGGGAGACCGGAUAUAGUGAAUGCAGGGGUCCGGGGAGACCGGAUAUAGUGAAUGCAGGGUCCGGGGAGAGCAGAUAUAGUGAAUGCAGGGUCCGGGGAGACCGGAUAUAGUGAAUGCAGGGUCCGGGGAGACCG